AUGUUGGCAAGGCUUGAGAAGAAGAUUGAUGAAAGAUUCGACCAAUUCAGCCAGCAAAAGGAAAGAUGCAUCAACAGGUUGACGGAUCUCGAACACAAAGUCAAGGAAACAUGGGAUCAGUUGCAGAAGCAGAAGGAAAUCAAGUGCCAUUUCCUCAAACGCGCGCUUUCAUCGAUUCCACUAACACCACCACUACGCAGCAGCGAAGAAGAAGACCUUCUAGACUUAGAAGACGAAGUCGUUUUCGAGCAUUCUGAGCUUCAUUCUGACGGUGGAGGUAUUGACGACAAUAAUAACGAUGGACAGAGACCCGCCGCGGAAGAAGAAAGGCUUGAGUUUGAGCACAGGCUAAACGUCCUGAAGAAGCUGGUCGAGUCGGAGCGCGAUGUUCCCGAAAGGAUGAUCAACAGGCACGACCCCAUGCAAGAAAGGACCGUUUUCUCCGAUGAUCGUUCUGUUUCGUCAAAGGUUUGCCCUAUAGUGACAGCUGUCCGGAGGUCCCCACUGUGA